GUCCCAGGUCCUCCAUCCUCCCCUGGGACACUGUGCACAUACUAGUCACCAAGUCUUGAGCAGCCAUGACGAUGGAGGUGCUCCCCAAGGUCCUGGAGGUAGAUGAGAGGUCUCCUGAGUCCAAGGAUCUGCUGCCCAGCCAGACAGCCAGCUCUCUGUGCAUCAGCUCCAGAAGUGAGUCUGUCUGGACCACCACCCCAAGGAGCAACUGGGAAAUCUACCAUAAGCCCAUCAUCAUCAUGUCAGUGGGUGCAGCCAUCCUGCUCUUUGGUGUGGCCAUCACCUGUGUGGCCUACAUCUUGGAUGUGGAACCAAAGGUUCUUCCAGCCCUCAAGAUGACUGGGCCUGCCUUCCUGUCCUUGGGACUCAUGAUGCUGGUGUGCGGGCUGGUGUGGGUGCCCAUCAUCAAGAAGAAGCAGAAACAGCGGCAGAAGUCCAGCUUCUUCCAGAGCCUCAAGUUUUUCCUCCUGAACCGCUGA